GCUAAGACAGGAUAAUAAAAAGUUAAAUUGAAUGGUCAUAGUAAUUAAGUUUACUCAGUUUAGUUUUCUCCCACUAGAGCGACUUUUGUCUCUGGGUAGUGGAGACAAUCCUAUCUGUUAAUGGGAAAUAUAAAAAGGAAUAUAAAUUGAAACUUCAAACAAAAAGUAUAAAGAAAUUAUAACAUAAUUUAAAAUCCAAUUAUUGUUAAACAAUCCAAUUGCCUAAUGUAUUAAUUGUUAAUAUUUAGUAAUCUCUAAUAUGACUAUUCUUCUUACAUCCCAGGGGCCAUAUUUUAAGCUUAGGAGGCUCUAACUAUAAAAGGAAAAUUAAUGAAUUUAUCGGGAAUAGAUUUAAAUUAUCAUUAAAAUAAAAAGGAAGUUCCUUUUCAGAAAACAAUAACG